GGAUAUUUACCAAACAACAGGUUCGAGCUUUAUUUUGGAGGAAAAAAAAAGAAAAAGAAAAAGACACACAAAACCGGAAGUGACCCUCUUUGGUUUGUUGCUAAUGCUAAUGGCCCCGGAACGGUAAGGCAGCACUCCGAAGAUGGCCGGGGUGUUUGAGGUGGAGGUUGAUGGUGUAGAGCACGACCAUGGGCUGGAGCAUCACAAUGAACCGAACCAGUUUGAUGUGUCGAAGCUUUCACCAGAGGAGAAGUGGAGGGUGGAGCAUGCAAGAAUGCAUGCUAAGCACAAAGGCCAUGAGGCCAUGCACGCAGAGAUGGUGCUCAUCCUCAUCGUGACCCUUGUCGUCGCCCAGCUAGUCCUCGUGCAGUGGAAACAGAGACAUCCAAAGUCUUACAAUCUGGUGACUCUGUUCCAGAUGUGGGUAGUUCCUCUCUACUUCACUACCAAACUUCACUGGUGGAGGUUCCUGUCCACCUGGUUUAUCUUCUCUGUCAUCACAGCGUACAUUUCCUACCGUGCCACUCGCAAGCCACUGGCCUGCACCACACCGAGGUUGGUGUAUAAGUGGUUCCUACUUCUCUACAAGAUCAGCUACGCCACAGGAAUAGUUGGCUAUAGCGUCGUCAUGUUUACACUUUUUGGUAUAAACCUAAUAUUCAGGAUAAAGCCGGAGGAUGCCAUGGACUUCGGUGUUUCUCUACUGUUCUACGGUCUGUACUACGGAGUCCUUGGAAGAGACUUUGCUGAGAUGUGUGCAGACUUCAUGGCUUCAACCGUUGGGUAUUACAGUGCAUCCGGCAUGCCAACCAAGCACCUCUCUGACAAUAUCUGUGCUGUGUGCGGUCAGCCCAUCCUCGUAGAUGUCAGCGAGGAGGGCAUUAUCGAGAACACGUACAGAUUAUCCUGCAACCAUGUGUUCCAUGAGUUCUGCAUAAGAGGAUGGUGUAUCGUCGGAAAGAAGCAGAUGUGCCCGUACUGCAAAGAGAAAGUGGAUCUGAAGAGGAUGUUCAGUAACCCCUGGGAGAGGCCACAUGUCAUGUAUGGACAACUUUUAGACUGGCUUCGGUACUUGGUGGCCUGGCAGCCUGUUAUUAUUGGAUUUGUGCAAGGUAUCAACUACGUGCUGGGUUUGGAGUGACCCGCAACUGUCAGAAAAUGGACAUUCACGCCAUACGGAGAAGAUAUGCACUGGCUCAAAGGACUGGGGGCCUAACAUUAAACUAAAACACCAAUAAAAAGUGUCUAUACGUUUUGUAUAUAUUUAUAGGCACACAAUAUCUGUAUUUACAGUUUAUUUGAAUUUUAUUGGUAAUUUUGAAUUUGGAUGUCUGUGUCAGUUUCCCAGGAUUUUGCUUCACACAUCCUAAUAAUUGGUUUGUGCAUCUUAUGGCCUAGUAAAACGGUUGUCAAAAAUCAUUAGAGAGGUUCUUUUUACUAAUUUAUGUCUUAAAUGUUUGUUAACACUUAGUUAAAGGAUCUUGCUGGAGUUUUUCCUCCUCAUGUCUGAUGGCUAUCACACAUGAGUAAUAAAUAUUAAAUGAAAAUCAACACAAGUAAUCGCUCCCUGUGCCUCCAGUGUCCACAGAUUCCUCUGGAGUCAUUUUGCCACUGCUUCAUUUAAUGUGAUCGCUCAUAAGGCUGCUUGGCUCGCUCGACGUUGACCCUAUCAUAUUCUGAACUCAAGUGACCCGAGAGAGUUUCCUAAGUACGGACAGUCA